UCAGGCCUCCUGUGACUGUGGUGCCAAAGGCAAAACGAUCUGGGCUAACGUCCACAGCCUGAACGCUGUAUUUAGGUCCAGAUUGUAUUGAUUCAUGAGCAUCUGGCUCUGACGGUUCCCGUUUUUGACAAACAGUGAGAGAGCGUAGACAAAAAAUGGAGAGUUAAUGGACUGAAUUGAAAAUUCAGUGUGAAAGGAAUAAAAAAAUGUAAUACACUGAAAGAAACGAACCAAUCUAUCACACUGACUAAUCUUCUGUGGAAGCACUUCAGGGUCACGUUUUUAAAAAAAAUACUAAUGUGGAGUGAAAGAGACAGAGGGAGAAAGAGAGAGCGAGAAAGGUCCUUGUUUUCUCUCAUUCCUCCCACUUGCUCACUGGAUUUCACAUCUAUGGUGGUUGAAGGGAGAGCGAACCCCAGCCACACCCCCUCACUAUAAAUCCAAGGCAUAAGGAAACGCUCAGCUGAAAUCACACGUGGAACUGAAGGAUCUGGAGCUCACAAACCCAUUCACACACACACACAGACAUAUGCGCGAACAUACAGAGUCUGGGAGGCGGCUUGCCAUGCUCUUAGCCGAAAUAACUGAUGACAGUGGAGAGAAGAGCAUUUCUUAUGAAUGAGUGAGUCAGAAGUGACUCAGUCAGGCAUCGCUGGAUUGGUUGGAUCCUUCAAGCAAAACUGGUUACAAGAGCUUGGAUUCAAACGACACCAUAGUGUGUCCUGGGGCCAGUUGAGUACGAUUAGAAGUAAGGACUGAGUUCAUUCUUUUGUUUGUGUAGACUAGGAAUACUCUGCGCUCUGGUGCGAGGUUGAAAACCAAGGUCCAGGGGUCCUGUAAGGUGCUGAGCAUGUCUUUUGCAAUGGUGCGACCAACCCCAGGUCAUUUCUUGUGCUCUGAGAUCGGAAUGCAUUCCGAGGAUGACGACAACGGCAGCGAGGGUUCCGGUUCCGAAGACAAGUCCUUCCGUAUGGGCAGCCACAACUACGGUGCCUUUAAGUUGGGUGCUCGCAAAAAGAGGUAUAGUUGCCGACCGGUGGCAGUUCCUACUGAGAUCCGUCCACAGAUCGUUGAGGUACGGCAACGGAACGCCGCAAAUGCCCGAGAGCGGGAUCGCACGAACAGUGUGAACACGGCGUUCACCGCUCUGAGGACGCUGAUACCCACCGAACCAGCCGACAGGAAGCUGUCCAAGAUUGAGACGUUGCGGUUGGCCUCCAGCUACAUCUCGCACCUGGGGAACGUCUUGUUGGUUGGAGAGGAGUGUGGAGAUGGCCAGCCCUGUCUCAGGAGCUCUGGAGCCUUGUAUCAUCACCACCACAAUCUCCCGAAGAGCUCCACACCCAGCCCGGACUCAGAAAACUCACAGCCCAGACAGAUCUGCACCUUCUGCCUCAGUAACCAGAGACGGCUGACCAAAGACAGAGAAAGAAAAACUGCGUUAAGGAGUUAAUGAUGAGGAGAAGAGAGAGUAAAAGAGCGUUCCCAUUACAUCUAUCUGAAGAAGCGUGCCUGAGCAAACUGCACAUUUAGUGUAAAUUUCCUGUAAAUAAUGUUUAAUUAAUGCUUAACUUACUGGUGGACGGCAUUAUAACGGACAGCUACACUGCCUUUCUGCAUUGCCAUAUUUAGAAGCCAAGAACUAUGUGAAUUUAAUCAUAACCUCUUUAUUUUUGUUUUAUACAGAGAUUAUAUACUUUUAUACAAACGUGAAAGGAACAAAAGACUUUUGACUAACUCUAUGAGGAUUGUAAUUUAAAAACAGCAAAAGAAAAAGACACAAAAGAAAAGAGGAACUAGUUACAACAGCUAAAUUUCAGCUAACCAAAUUUCUUUCUAGAUUUGUCUACAGACUACAGUGUAUAUAUUUUAUAUGCACUACACUGAAUUUUAUCUACAUAUGCUGACGUCAAAAAAACAAGGCAAACAUCAACAUUAAGGAAUUCUGAAAACCUGUAACAUAAUUGUUGUUAUUAUUAUUUAUUUAUGCCAAUUAAACAUUAAAAACAUUGUAUAUGGCAGUACUGCAAAAUAUUGUGAAAUCAAACAGACUGUGAGAGGCCUAAAGGAGUAACAGACAGAAAGACUGAAAGAUGAACAGGGAAGGGAGACCAUAAUAAGUCUGGUUCUGUAAUAGUCUAUAUGAGAUCUGCAGGUAGAUUGCUGCUGGCAGACAGUGUCCUUGACUUUACCUCUGACCACAAGUUCUCACACACAUUCACAUACACACUUACACACACAGGCAAGUCUGGGACUUGCAUAUUAGGAACCUCCCUUACCAAAGGUCUAAUGCAAAUGCCUGUCCUGGGUCAUCAGCAUUACCUUGCCCUUGCCCUACAAUUGUCUUUCAAAGACAAAUAGAUCACAAUUAAUUGCACUGAAUUUCUAAUCAACAACCCUAAGCAUUUAACCUUCAGGCUACUUGAGCUGCUGUAUUUAUUAGUAUUUAUUAAACAAGAAACUGAAGCAACCAGUGAUUGAUUUUUUCAAAGGCCCACACCUGAUAUUGAACAUGUGAAAUUAAACCUAUAAACUCAGGCCUUUACCUAUUAGGUUUUCAUUAGUAAAUGGUCAAUUCAAUUUAUUGACCAUUUACUGUUAAAUUACUGUUUUAACUAUAUUAGCUGUGAAAAACAUUUGAAUAAAUAGGCAAUGCUGUAAAACUAAUGCACCCGUUAAUAUGAACAGCACUUAAGUUGCCGAAAUUGAUUAACAAAUGAAGCAUUAAAUCCAAUAGUGACUGAGUAUCACCCCACAACAGUCCUCUGAGCAAUUUAUAUCAGACUGAUCAGUACAAGCAAAACUUCCAAAGCCAACAACUGCAGCUUUGCAGACUUACAGUAUAUGAAGUGAGAUAAUUGUAAUAACUAUUUUAUGGGCAAAGCUGUCACAAUACAUGGAGUAAAUUGUGUCAGUGAGACUCCUCCAAGCGCAAUACCAUUCAAAAGAUUUUUACAUU